UAUGAAAAGACUUAAUGAACAAUACACUAGAAAAGACAGCAUGCGUAUGUUUGGAGUGAAGGGUCUCAACAAAACCGAAUCGGUCGAAGAAACUAUGGACGCAGUAGUAGAGGUUCCAGCAUGACGUCUGUUCCGUCAUGUAGUUACAGCGAUGAAUGCACUGAAACCGGAAAGUCUACACUUUUGGUGUUCGAGAAAGGAUCUAGCGAGUGGUGCAGCGUUUAUAAAUAUUACUUUGAGUGUAUGAUGGCGGCAUCGUCCAUCUGUUCGAUCGAUGAAUGUUUGAUACAGAGUCGACUGACCGAGACUCGUGAAUACUGCCAGGAAGAAUGCCUCUGGGAUGAUUUAUGCACUGCAUAUUCAGUUGAUUGCACUAACACCACCACCACCAGUCAGCUAGAUUCAACAACAACUGAACAACCAUCGAUACAGACAUCUACGCCCACCAUGGACUCGGCUAUCCAGUCCUCAACAAUCGACUUGAAAGAUGUCUAUGGAAACUCCAGCAAGCUAAAUGAUGAUGGUGCAAAGAGUGACUCGAUGAUGGUUCAGAUUUCGUGGCUUUAUAUAGCAGUGCUGAUGAACUGCGUACUGUUUCAGUAUUUGGAAUGAAGAUAAUUUGACUGAAAUAAGAUCUUGCUGGCACCCCUCCCGUCUUUGUCACUAUUAAACCACGUGCAUGUAAAAUGUUUAGGGUCACAUUUACGAAGUCUGUUUUCCUUAAACAUCAUUUGUUUUGUUUUUUGUUUUUUAUAACAAAUACUAAUAACACAUGUAGGUGAUG